GUCCUGCCGCCGUCUGCGCGGGCUGUCUGUCCCCUCGCGGCCUCUGGGCCCCGGGCCCGUGGCUCCGCGGGGCAGGCGGGGACCCCCGGGGCCCGCCUGCCGCCCGAGGGGACGAGGACGCCGCCCGCGGGGCGCCGAGGAGAGGCCGUGGGCUCCCGUACGGUGCGCCCCACUCCGGAAGCCAGGCCCGCGGCGGAAUGGGGCCGGGGCGGCGGCCGGGCCCGGGGGCCACUACCGGCCACGGCGCUCGUGGGCAGCACUGUGUGGCGCGUGGAGCACGCGGGGGCCCGGGAUUGGCGCUGGGAGCGUGCCGUCGGCGUGGACUGCAGCGCCCCAGAGCCGCGCUGCCUCUGGCUGCCCUACCUCAACCACGGCGACCGCCGCGCGAGUGGGUCGCGCCGGGUCAGGCUGCCAUUGGGCCCGAGAGAUGGGUGCUCUCCUGGGCGCCCCGUCCCCUGGCACGGGCCGAGGACACUGCUGCUGCACAAAAGUCUCCAGGAUGGCUUUGGCUUCACCUUGCGUCACUUCAUUGUGUACCCGCCUGAGUCCGCUGUGCACUGCAGCCUGAAGGAUGAAGAGAAUGGAGGAAGAGGAGGAGGACCCUCCCCUCGGCACCGCCUGGAGCCCAUGGAUACCAUCUUUGUCAAGAAUGUGAAGGAUGAGGGCCCUGCCCAUAGGGCGGGGCUGCGCACAGGAGACCGGCUGGUGAAGGUGAAUGGGGAGAGCGUCAUUGGGAAGACCUACUCCCAGGUCAUAGCUCUGAUCCAGAACAGCGAUGACACUCUGGAGCUCUCCAUCAUGCCCAAGGACGAGGACAUCCUCCAGCUGGCCUACUCCCAGGACGCCUACCUGAAGGGGAACGAGCCGUAUUCUGGAGAGGCCCGGAGCAUCCCAGAGCCUCCCCCAAUCUGCUACCCUCGCAAGACCUAUGCCCCGCCAGCCCGGGUCUCCACCUGGGCCACUAUGGUGCCUGAGCCCCUCUCAGCACUGCCCAGUGACCCUCGGAGUCCUGCUGCCUGGAGUGACCCAGGGCCCCGAGUCCCAUCCACUGUCCGCGCCCAUCCAGACAACCCUUCCUUGGGGAUGAGCCAGCCCCGCCCCAGCCCUGGUGCCUUCCCCCACCUCCCCUUGGAGCCCCGGACACCCCGUGCCUUCCCGGAGCCUGGCAGCCGGGUGCCCCCCAGCAGACUGGAGUGCCAGCAGGCCUUGUCGCACUGGCUGUCGAACCAGGUACCCCGCAGGGCGGGGGAGAGACGGUGCCCCGCCAUGCCCCCUCGGGCCCGCAGUGCCUCCCAAGACCGGUUGGAGGACGUGACUGCCCAUCGCCCGUGGCCCUGCUCCACCUCCCAGGGUGCCUUGAGCCAGCUGGGCCAGGAGGGCUGGCACCGAGCUCGCUCAGACGACUACCUGAGCCGGGCCACUCGCUCAGCUGAGGCACUGGAGCCAGGGGCACUGGUGUCACCCCGCUUUGAGCGCUGUGGCUGGGCUUCCCAGCGUCCAUCUGCCCGCAAUCCUGGCUGCCCAUCCAGAGACCUGCCCGGGCCCCAGGCCCCACCCCCGCCUGGUCUGCAAGGACUGGAUGACAUCGGGUACAUUGGGUACCGGAGCUAUAGCCCAUCAUUCCAGCGCCGGACUGGACUCCUGCAUGCACUCUCCUUCCGGGACUCACCCUUUGGGGGGCUGCCCACCUUCAACUUGGCCCAAUCUUCUACACCAUUCCUACCGGAGGCCUCUGAACCACCCAGAGUUUUCCGGCCAGAACCCAGCACCCGGGCACUGGAGCAUCCCAUUGAGGAUCGUCGAGAUGAGGUGGUCCUAAGGCAGAAGCCUCCAACGGGCCGCAAGAUCCAGCUGCCCCCUGCAAGACAGAUGAACCUUGGGUUUGGUGACGAGUCCCCAGAGCCAGAAACCAGUGGGCGAAGGGAACGCCUGGGAAGGAAGGUGGUCCCUUUGGCCACUACUGAAGACUCUCUGGCUUCCAUCCCCUUCAUUGAUGAGCCCACCAGCCCCAGCAUUGACCUGCAAGCCAAGCACGUCCCUGCCUCUGCCGUGGUCUCCAGCGCCAUGAACUCAGCCCCUGUCCUGGGCACUAGCCCCUCCUCCCCAACCUUCACCUUUGCCCUCGGCCGCCAUUACUCCCAGGACUGCAGCAGCAUCAAGGCCGGCCGCCGCUCCUCCUACCUGCUGGCCAUCACCACAGAACGCUCCAAGUCCUGCGAUGAUGGGCUCAACACCUUCCGGGAAGAAGGCAGGGCUCUGCGGCGCCUGCCAAACCGAGUACCCAGCUUGCGGAUGCUUCGAAGCUUCUUCACUGAUGGGUCCUUGGAUAGCUGGGGAACUUCCGAAGAUGCUGACGUUCCUUCUAAGCGACACUCAACCUCUGACCUCUCAGAUGCGACCUUCAGCGAUAUCAGGAGGGAAGGCUGGUUGUAUUAUAAGCAGGUCCUCACCAAGAAGGGGAAGAAAGCGGGCGGUGGCCUGCGCCAGUGGAAGCGCGUGUACGCUGCGCUGCGGGCGCGCUCCCUCUCGCUGAGCAAGGAGCGGCGGGAGCCCGGGCCAGCGGCGGCAGGGGCGGCGGCGGCCGUCGCAGGUGAGGACGAGGCGGCGCCCGUCUGCAUCGGCUCCUGCCUGGUGGACAUCUCCUACAGCGAGACCAAGAGGAGGCACGUGUUCCGGCUGACCACCGCUGACUUCUGUGAAUAUCUCUUUCAGGCUGAGGACCGGGAUGACAUGCUGGGCUGGAUCAGAGCGAUCCGCGAGAACAGCAGGGCCGAGGGCGAGGACCCCGGCUGUGCCAACCAAGCUCUGAUCAGCAAGAAGCUUAAUGAUUACCGAAAAGUGAGCCAUGGCUCUGGGCCUAAAGCUGAUUCCUCCCCAAAAGUCUCUCGUGGCCUGGGGGGCCUCAAGUCUGAGUUCCUCAAACAGAGUGCUGCACGUGGCCUCAGGACUCAGGACCAGCCUGCAGGAAGCAAAGAUGACAGUGUUGCUGCCUCCAAAAGCCCCUGGGGCAUCAACAUCAUCAAGAAGAACAAGAAAGCAGCCCCCAGAGCAUUUGGGGUCCGGCUGGAGGAGUGCCAGCCAGCCACAGAAAACCAGCGUGUCCCCCAGAUUGUGGCUGCAUGCUGUCGCAUUGUGGAGGCACGUGGGCUGGAGUCCACGGGCAUUUACCGAGUUCCGGGCAACAAUGCAGUGGUGUCCAGUCUGCAGGAGCAGCUCAACCGUGGGCCCAGUGACAUCAACCCGCAGGAUGAGCGCUGGCAAGACCUCAAUGUGAUCAGCAGCCUGCUCAAGUCUUUCUUCCGGAAGCUACCUGAGCCUCUUUUCACCGAUGAUAAAUACAACGACUUCAUCGAGGCCAAUCGUAUUGAAGACUCAAGGGAGCGGAUGAAGACACUGCGGAAGCUGAUUCGGGACCUUCCAGGACACUACUAUGAAACACUCAAAUUCCUCGUGAGCCAUCUGAAGACCAUUGCUGACCACUCAGAGAAAAACAAGAUGGAGCCCCGGAACCUGGCCCUGGUGUUCGGGCCAACGCUGGUGAGGACGUCCGAGGACAACAUGGCAGACAUGGUGACCCACAUGCCCGACCGUUAUAAGAUUGUGGAGACUCUGAUCCAGCACUCAGACUGGUUCUUCAGUGACGGUGAGGACAAGGGAGAGAGAACCCCUGUGGAUGACAAGGAGCCUCAGUCAGUGCCCAACAUCGAGUACCUCCUGCCCAACAUUGGCAGGACAGUGCCCUCUGGUGACCCAGGUUCAGAUUCCACCACCUGUACUUCAGCCAAGUCCAAGGGUUCGUGGGCCCCCAAGAAGGAGCCGUACGCCCGGGAGAUGCUGGCGAUCUCCUUCAUCUCGGCUGUCAACCGCAAGCGGAAGAAGCGGCGGGAGGCGCGGGGGCUGGGCAGCAGCACGGACGACGACUCGGAGCAGGAGGCGCACAAGCCCGGGGUGGGGGCGCCGGGGACCCAGGACCAGCCCGAGGAGCGGCUGCCGGGCGCUGCCGCCCCCGAGGCCCCCGGGCGCCUCAGCCCCCCGGCGGCGCCGGAGGAGCGGCCGGCCGCCGACACGCGCUCCAUCGUGUCGGGCUACUCCACGCUGUCCACCAUGGACCGCAGUGUGUGCUCGGGCGCCGGGGGGCGGCGGGCCGGCGCAGGGGACGAGGCGGACGACGAGCGCAGCGAGCUGAGCCACGUGGAGACGGACACGGAGGGUGGCGCGGCGCCUGGGGGGCACCUGGCGCGGCGGCCCUCCUUCAGCUCGCACCACCUCAUGCCCUGCGACACCCUGGCUCGGCGCCGCCUGGCCCGAAGCCGCCCGGACGGCGAGGGCGCGGGCGCGGGGCGGGGCGGCCCCCGCGUCGCAGAACCUGCCGGCUCAGCCUCGUCCAGCAGCCAGGAGUCGCUGCGACCCCCGGCGGCGGCGGUGGCGGCGGCGCUGGGCGCGCGGCCCUCGCGCCUUGAGGCUUUGCGGCUGCGCCUCCGUGGCACUGCCGACGACAUGCUGGCUGUGCGGCUGCGGCGACCGCUGUCGCCCGAGACGCGGCGGCGCCGGAGCAGCUGGCGCCGCCACACCGUGGUGGUGCAGAGCCCGCUGACCGACCUCAACUUCAACGAGUGGAAGGAACUGAGCGGAGGGGGCUCCCCAGAGCCCGCGGUCCCUCGGGCCCACAGUGACAACAAGGACUCGGGCCUCAGCAGCCUGGAGUCCACCAAGGCGCGGGCCCCGUCGUCAGCGGCCUCGUUGCCGCCCGCGCCCGGGGACCCGGGGGCACUGCAGAGCCAGCCUCCGCGCCGCUCGGCCGCCUCCCGCUUCCAUCAGUGUCUGUAACCAGCUCCCUCCCCUCCCUGCGCAGCCCCCACUCCGCACCCCUUGGGAAACAGGCGUGUCCUCUGGCUGACACCUCCUCUUCUGUGGCGCCUGGGUGAGACUGUGUCUCCAAUUUGUGUGCUGGAAUUGACAGGCGGUGGGCAGUGAAUGGCAGGAAGGGACUCCAGGGGUAAGGAGAGGGGAUAAUCUGCUGGGGGGUUGUGUCCCCUGGAUAAAUGAUGGUGUGCCCUUCUGGGCCUUUCUGUGUCUGCACUUAGGGACCCUGCUCAGUCAUGGGGUGUAGAUAGGGAACUCCCAAGUCUCAGACUAAAGACAAAAGGAAAGAUACUGGGUGAUGCUGGGUCUUCCUUCUUUGCUCUGCCCACACCCAUUAGCUCCUAGCUCCUAGCUGGGGGCCGGGGCUGGGGGGUAUGUUGUGUAUGUAUGUCUGGGGAGAGGUGUAGGGCAGCGGUGUCCAUGGGAGAGGGGUUGUGUAAACAAGGGUGUGUAGUCACUGUCCAGAGGUGUUUCCAAUAGCAACAUCUGCCACCCCUGCUGCCUUGUCUCCCCACUCCCACCCCCAUCAAGGCUCCCUGUUUUUGGUGCACACAGGGAUCCUUCCCCCCUGCUGCUUGUCAGAGCCAGAGAAAGGGGUUGGGGCCACUCCACAGGGGCAAGACAGACACUCACCAGGCUCACUCCCCCACCAAACUUUUGCCAGCCUCUAAAUCACCCCCCAAGUGCUUUGACCAUGGCGGAGCUACCCAUUCUCCAGAUAGUUUGGGGAAGAUCCAGGGUUCCCCCCACUACACCUCCCUUGCCCCUCUCUUUGUUCUUCCAGCUGUGCCUGCUUCUUCCACAACUCGGGCACACAGACCCCACCUUCUGCCCUUUAGAAGCGGUGGUAGAAACACACACUGAUGUAUGAGGUCUGAGCUCUGUCUCUUCCUUCAGGAUGGGCGGGACCCAGCCCCCUUUCCUCCCAACAUUGUAAAUAGACCUCCCAUCACCAGGCCUCCCACAGGAGCCCUCACUCAUUCCAGGGAAGCCCAACCCCACAUGGGGCUGUGAACCCUACUGCCGUGUCUAGCUGUCCUCUUGGUUUAUGCAAAGAUUUGCUGUAGAUUUCUCUCUCCCUCCCCCUUCCUUUUAUUGUAAAUAUUGUCUCUAAAUGUGUAACAUAUUAUAAAGAAUUUAUAAGGAUUUUUAAAGAUGUUUUGCUCAUUUAAAGAAGUGUUGUAACUGUUGGGUAAGCCUCCGGCCCCACGGUCCGCAUGUCUCCUUUCACUGUGUCCUUGACACACCUCUCUAGGCGACAACUAAGAUUUCCUGCUUCUGAAAAGUCCUGUCUUAAAGUAUAGUCUAUAUCUUGGAAAUAAAUGGCCUUCCUCAAGGCAUGAAUCAGCUGUGUCACUUGUUCUGGAGGGAGGAGAGGGCCAGAGCGGGGCUGAGGUGGGGGAAGAAUGAGGUGCCUGGCCCACAGAAGGAGCACG